UAGGGUUUUCUUUAUCUGCCUUCCUCUGGUCUCUAUAUAAGUAAGUCUAGCAGAAGCAGAGCCCGGGGUGAGAAAGAUAGAAGGUAGGGAUGUACGGUGAGAGUAAUCUUCUAUUAAUUUUGGGUGUCUGCAUUUGCAGUAAUAGAAUUUGUUAUUCAGAAGCCUAAUAUUGCAAUUCUUUGAUCAGCUCCAUGGAAGAUGGUGAUCAAUGGAUCUAUCCUUAGGCAACAGUGACAGGUUUGUAAAAAUAUGUCUCGUUUCCCCCGGUUUUUAUCUGACAUAUAGUCAGCUUGAAUUUGGUCUCUGUCGAGUAUGAAAGUCUGGGUUAAGGUUUAGUUCCAGAGGUUUCUCCAACAAAAGGUCUGGUAUAUGGUGGGAUAGUAGUUUCUUCAGAAAUACUAGUAUCUGUAUUGAUCUCAACAUUGGGUCUUCUUUGGGAAGAUCCUAAUGAAUGUCUAUAUGGUUGAUAAAUGGUUGAACUGGUUUGUCUAAAAGAGUUUGAUCUUUUAUGUUUCAAUUCUAUUGAACCAUCAUCAUUUUGUAUAAUAUAAUCUAUUUCCUUGUUUUCUUUUGCAGGUAAUGUUGGUAUUGUUUUAACUGGGUAUUUCCAGCUGUCUGGUAAACUAAUAUCUUUCCAUUGUAUAGUUUUUGAUAUAUUUAUGUUUGCUUUAGUUUGGUCAAUUUCUCAAAAAAUUGUUUCUCCUGUUUGUCUAUUAUGGUCAAUAGCAUUUGGACAUAAUCCUGUGUUCAUUAUUUUAUAAUUCAGUAUAUAAAAUACUUCAUAAAUAUAUGAUUCUUUAAGCAUAUUGUAAUUAUGAGUUAAAAUGUCUAAUGUCAAUAUUUUCAUUAUAUGGGGAUCAGUUAAUGAAAUUGUAAAAUUAGGAAAACAGUUUGAAUAAAUUGGUCCAUUUGUUAAACUAGUUUCAAAUAAUCCUAACAAAGAGUCUUUGUAAGUCAUAUGUCUACAAUCUCGUAAAGCCACAUGCAUACUUGUAUUUAAUCCUUCUACAGUUAAUGGUUUAAUAGCAAUUUGUACUAAUCCUAUAUGCAUAAACCUGUAUCCUUGAUUGAUAUAUUUUAAUAUUGUCUUUUUACUUAAUAGACUCAUUGAUUGAUUUUCAGAGUAUAAUGGUACUACUUUCUCUUUGGUUUUAAUAGCUCUAGCUGCUUUAAAAUCUAUUAUUCCUUUCUUAUAUAUACUAGAUAUUGGUGUUUUAGGUGGUUUCCAAUUAGUUAAUUGUUGAUUAUUCCAAUUACUUUCUCUUGAUAAUAUAGUUUUAGUAUUAUCUGUGUCAAUAUUUAAAUCAUUUAUGAGUUCGUCAUCUGGUUGUCUGGACCUAGAAGAUCUAGUUCUUCUAAACAUAUUCAUUGUAAAAUCCUAGGGUUUUCACAUACACUUCAUUCUCUACUCGUUCUCCAGGUCUUACCCCUUUUGCCUGACUUAUGACUUUCGUGACACAGUUACAACCCUAAAAUCUUAAUUUGAAUAUGUUACAAUAGCUAGAUAUAGGCUCUGAUACCAUUUUACGUUCCCAGGUAUGAUUCAAAUUAACACAGACUAUUUAACAGACUAUACAUACAACUUGUGCAAAUUAAUGAUUUAUAACAUUUAAUAUGCAAUUUAUACACAUGCAUUUACUAUUUUUAUAUUGUUUAUCCAUAAUAUGAUUAAUAUUAAAAAUUAUUAUUUCUUAAUAAUUGAUCUAAAUAGGCUAUAAUGCAAUUAAAUAAAUCUAAAGUUCUUUGUGUUUCCCUACAAUCACAAAAAUUGUUAUGGUUUGUUAUAUGCCAUUCAUACAUAUGAGUUCCUUAUCGUACUAAACAAUGUCUAAAAAUUUCUACUUCACCUUUAUUUGUUAAAUCGAUUAAACUUAACUGUUCUAAUGCAGAUAUGAUAAAUCUCAUGGUGCUAAUACUUUAAUUAAUAUACUCAUAAAAACAAUAUGCAAUUAUGUAUUCUAUUUCUGUUGAAAUAUAAUAUUUUAAAAUAUAACCAUUGUCUAAUUCAAUAAUAUCAAAUAAAACCAUAAACAUUAUAAAUUCAGAUGAGCAACACACUUUCUGUGUGGAAGAUCGGUAUAAACCGCAACCACAGAGCAUACUUAUCAUGAAUGCAAUUGAUUUUUAAUUGGUUAAGGUUCCUGCACUGUUAACCUGGAUUCCCAGAAUUAACUCAGAUUAGUAUACGUAGAGAGAGAGAAUAGUUUGCCGUCAACACGGACUUACUUUGUAACAAUUGUAUAUAUUAUUGAAUACAAAAUACAAAUACAAAGGACUUACUGUGUAAAUACAAAAUACAACUUAUACAAUAACUGCUACGUCUUGGUUGUAGUAAACCAUAGACUCCUUACAAUUUGUUGAGAAUAAAACGAAGCUAAGCAUUGAAUACAUAAAGAGAUUUGAGAGAGAAUUUCUUGGUGAAAUUUCGGUGUGUCCUUGAAUGGUCUGGAGCUCUCCUUUUAUAGGCCGCAGACGCCAAAAUUUUCUUCAAUGGAAUUGAGCGGUCCGUUACUGUUUGGUACUGUUUGGUAACUGUUUUUGUCGGCCACUUGUCUGCAUGUUGCGUCAUUGCUUACGUCAUUGUUUUUGUCUUUGUCUGCCAUUUGUCUGUAAUAGGUCCCACCAUUUAUGUUUGUCGGUCAUCUUGUCGGCUUUUGCUGUGUCUGUUUAGUGGGUCCUACAUCUCUUGUGUAAAGAAAUCAUCAUUGUCAUCUGCUAAGUCUGCUGGGGAUGGUGAUACAGAAGAGCUUCUGGUUUCUUGUAAUUCUUCAAGUAAUUUUUCAUAUUCUUGUUCUGAGGUGCAUGCUGCCAUUUGGACCAUAAUUUGUUUUUUACGGGCUAAAAAGGUCUCUUGUUUGGAAAUUGCAGAUGGGUUUGGAAUUUUGCAAUAUUGGGGGUAGUUUGUAAAAAAUUGGUCUACUGCUUUUGGGCCACAGGCUUCUUGGUCAGUUUUAGCCCACCAUUUGAUUUUAUAUUUGCGGACUAAUACAGGAACUUGAAAAUUAUCAAAGGUUUGAUCCUUAAUUUGGUAUUCAAUCAUAAGGAUCCAUGGUAUAUGAAAGUAAUGAGAAUAGAUAAGCCAUUUUGGAGAACAAAUGAUAGGGUCUGGUAAUUUAUUGUUUUCAAAGAACUGAGUCUGUGCAAGUUUAAUGUGGUCAGGAAUAAUGGUUUCAAUGAUUCCAAAUUUAUUCCACCAUUGGUGAAACCAAUAUGGUAUAGGAUAGGUGAAAGUGUCAGAUAUAUAGAAAAAGAAUGAAAUAGAUAAUUGGUCAUUUUGCUUGAAAAAAGUUCUUUCCCAAGCUAUCUGAUAAUCAUAGUAAUUAUACUUAGCAUUUUGUCCAUUGGUCAAAGUAAAAUCUUUGGUUCGAUGGGGCUCUUGUCCCCAUUCAGUCAGAGUCCAUACUUUUAAAAGUCUGACUUUGCAAUAUCUUAAUUUGGUAUGAUUCUUUGGGUCAUAGUUAUUUUGAAUGAGAAUAGAAUUGGUAUGAACUAAUAGGGCCUCAUAAUAUGAUUGAGAUUUCUGAAAAUUAUCUGAGAGAUAAUAAUGGGUUUUUGGGAAAAUGGAUUCACAAAGUUGGUAAAUAUUCAAAUUGGGAUUUUGGGCCCAAUAUUCUGGUUCUAUUGUAAUUACAAGGUCUUCAGCAUCUUUAUAUGUAUAUUGGGUUUGGACUACUUGGCUUAAAUAUGGUGAGCUUGCAGAAGCUAUUGGACUUGGUGAAGCUGGUCUAGUUACUAUUUGUUUGAAAGUGGAUGGGGGAAUUGGUUCGGCUUGUAAAGGGCUAAAUUUAUUUAAUGAGGUAAAAUAUGGCCUUGGAGAUCUGGGCCGAGGAUAAUUUGGUUGUGUAAUUAAGGCACUAGAAAUAUGACCAAUAGGUCUAUUAAUAAUACUAAUAGUAUUUGUAUAUAAUGGUCUAGGAGCAGCAAGCUGUCCUGUGAUAUUUUGUCCAGAUGUGAGACUUUGUAUAGAGCUAUGCCCUGAAGUAAAUAGUUGCAAUUUGGUCGAAUUUGUUUUAGAAAUAUUGGUUUUGGAUCUCAAAGAGAUAUUUUCAACUUCCUUGCCUUUGUCUGUCAUGGCCCUGCAAAAAUUCUCUGGUUAAGAAAUCAGCAAUGGAAUUAUCAGUUCCUUUAAUAUGAAUAAUUUCAAAAUAAAAAAUAGAUAAAAAUGCUUGCCAUCUUGCAAAAAUAUGUUUAGCUGCUAAAUUUUUUACAUCCUUUGUUAAUACGUCUUUUGCAGCUUUACAAUCAACCCGAAUGGUAAAUUUCUGAUUUAAAAGAUCACUUUGAAAUUUGGUUACGCAUAAAACUAUGGCUAAAAUUUCCUUUUUUAUUGUAGAAUAUUUUUCUUGAGUCGAAUUCCAGACUCCUGAAUAAUAUCUUAUAAUAUGGUCUUUAUUAUUGAUAUUUUGUUUUAAAAUGCCGCCAUAACCGUGGUCAGAAGCAUCUGUUUCUACAAUUUUGGGAAUGUUUGGAUUACAGAUGUUGAGACAGAGUAAAGUCUUCACAUGUUUUUUGAUUUCUUGUAUUAUUUUCGUAUGUUCUUCUGUCCAUGGUUUAGGAUUCUUUUUCAAUCUAUUGUAUAAAGGUUUACAUAAUAUUCUUAAAUUUGGUAAGAAAUCAGCAAUAUAAUUUAAGGAUCCUAAAAAUCGUUGUAAUUGGUUUUUAUCUUUAAUGAUGUCUGGAAAUUUGUCGGCAAACUCUAUACUUCUCUGUAUUGGUACUAUGGUAUUCUGAUAUAUUUCAUGUCCUAAGAAUUUAAUUUUUGUUUGAAAUAAUUUCAUUUUUGGUUUUGAUAAAACUAAGCCAUUCCUUUUUACUGCUUUAUAAAAUAUGUUUAAAUGUCUAAUAUGUUGAUCUAUAUUUUGACUAAAAAUUAAGACAUUAUCAAUAUAUGUAAUUAUAAAUUCAUAUGGAUUAAAUAUAUCAUUCAUUAUUUUUUGAAACUCACUUGGUGCAUUCUUGAGUCCAAAAGGUAUAAUAUUUCAUUCGUAUUGUCCAAAUGGUACUGUAAAAGCAGUUUUGUAUUUAUCUUGUUCAGCUAUUUGAAUUUGCCAGAAACCUGACUUCAUGUCAAAUUUUGAAAAUAUUUGUGCUUUGUAUAACCUUUAUACAAUAGAUUGAAAAAGAAUCCUAAACCAUGGACAGAAGAACAUACGAAAAUAAUACAAGAAAUCAAAAAACAUGUGAAGACUUUACCCUGUCUCAACAUCUGUAAUCCAAACAUUCCCAAAAUUGUAAAAACAGAUGCUUCUGACCACGGUUAUGGCGGCAUUUUAAAACAAAAUAUCAAUAAUAAAGACCAUAUUAUAAGAUAUUAUUCAGGAGUCUGGAAUCCGACUCAAGAAAAAUAUUCUACAAUAAAAAAGAAAAUUUUAGCCAUAGUUUUAUGUGUAACCAAAUUUCAAAGUGAUCUUUUAAAUCAGAAAUUUACCAUUCGGGUUGAUUGUAAAGCUGCAAAAGACGUAUUAACAAAGGAUGUAAAAAAUUUAGCAGCUAAACAUAUUUUUGCAAGAUGGCAAGCAUUUUUAUCUAUUUUUUAUUUUGAAAUUAUUCAUAUUAAAGGAACUGAUAAUUCCAUUGCUGAUUUCUUAACCAGAGAAUUUUUGCAGGGCCAUGACAGACAAAGGCAAGGAAGUUGAAAAGAUCUCUUUGAGAUCCAAAACCAAUAUUUCUAAAACAAAUUCGACCAAAUUGCAACUAUUUACUUCAGGGCAUAGCUCUAUACAAAGUCUCACAUCUGGACAAAAUAUCACAGGACAGCUUGCUGCUCCUAGACCAUUAUAUACAAAUACUACUAGUAUUAUUAAUAGACCUAUUGGUCAUAUUUCUAGUGCCUUAAUUACACAACCAAAUUAUCCUCGGCCCAGAUCUCCAAGGCCAUAUUUUACCUCAUUAAAUAAAUUUAGCCCUUUACAAGCCGAACCAAUUCCCCCAUCCACUUUCAAACAAAUAGUAACUAGACCAGCUUCACCAAGUCCAAUAGCUUCUGCAAGCUCACCAUAUUUAAGCCAAGUAGUCCAAACCCAAUAUACAUAUAAAGAUGCUGAAGAUUUUGUAAUUACAAUAGAACCAGAAUAUUGGGCCCAAAAUCCCAAUUUGAAUAUUUACCAACUUUGUGAAUCCAUUUUCCCAAAAACCCAUUAUUAUCUCCCAGAUAAUUUUCAGAAAUCUCAAUCAUAUUAUGAGGCCCUAUUAGUUCAUACCAAUUCUAUUCUCAUUCAAAAUAACUAUGACCCAAAGAAUCAUACCAAAUUAAGAUAUUGCAAAGUCAGACUUUUAAAAGUAUGGACUCUGAUUGAAUGGGGACAAGAGCCCCAUCGAACCAAAGAUUUUACUUUGACCAAUGGACAAAAUGCUAAGUAUAAUUACUAUGAUUAUCAGAUAGCUUGGGAAAGAACUUUUUUCAAGCAAAAUGACCAAUUAUCUAUUUCAUUCUUUUUCUAUAUAUCUGACACUUUCACCUAUCCUAUACCAUAUUGGUUUCACCAAUGGUGGAAUAAAUUUGGAAUCAUUGAAACCAUUAUUCCUGACCACAUUAAGCUUGCACAGACUCAGUUCUUUGAAAACAAUAAAUUACCAGACCCUAUCAUUUGUUCUCCAAAAUGGCUUAUCUAUUCUCAUUACUUUCAUAUACCAUGGAUCCUUAUGAUUGAAUACCAAAUUAAGGAUCAAACCUUUGAUAAUUUUCAAGUUCCUGUAUUAGUCCGCAAAUAUAAAAUCAAAUGGUGGGCUAAAACUGACCAAGAAGCCUGUGGCCCAAAAGCAGUAGACCAAUUUUUUACAAACUACUCCCAAUAUUGCAAAAUUCCAAACCCAUCUGCAAUUACCAAACAAGAGACCUUUUUAGCCCGUAAAAAACAAAUUAUGGUCCAAAUGGCAGCAUGCACCUCAGAACAAGAAUAUGAAAAAUUACUUGAAGAAUUACAAGAAACCAGAAGCUCUUCUGUAUCACCAUCCCCAGCAGACUUAGCAGAUGACAAUGAUGAUUUCUUUACACAAGAGAUGUAGGACCCACUAAACAGACACAGCAAAAGCCGACAAGAUGACCGACAAACAUAAAUGGUGGGACCCAUGGCGCAUUACAGACAAAUGGCAGACAAAGACAAAAACAAUGACGUAAGCAAUGACGCAACAUGCAGACAAGUGGCCGACAAAAACAGUUACCAAACAGUAACGGACCGCUCAAUUCCAUUGAAGAAAAUUUUGGCGUCCGCGGCCUAUAAAAGGAGAGCUCCAGACCAUUCAAGGACACACCGAAAUUUCACCAAGAAAUUCUCUCUCAAAUCUCUUUAUGUAUUCAAUGCUUAGCUUCGUUUUAUUCUCAACAAAUUGUAAGGAGUCUAUGGUUUACUACAACCAAGACGUAGCAGUUAUUGUAUAAGUUGUAUUUUGUAUUUACACAGUAAGUCCUUUGUAUUUGUAUUUUGUAUUCAAUAAUAUAUACAAUUGUUACAAAGUAAGUCCGUGUUGACGGCAAACUAUUCUCUCUCUCUACGUAUACCAAUCUGAGUUAAUUCUGGGAAUCCAGGUUAACAGUGCAGGAACCUUAACCAAUUAAAAAUCAAUUGCAUUCAUGAUAAGUAUGCUCUGUGGUUGCGGUUUAUACCGAUCUUCCACAUCAGAAAGUGUGUUGCUCAUCUGAAUUUAUAAUGUUUAUGGUUUUAUUUGAUAUUAUUGAAUUAGACAAUGGUUAUAUUUUAAAAUAUUAUAUUUCAACAGAAAUAGAAUACAUAAUUGCAUAUUGUUUUUAUGAGUAUAUUAAUUAAAGUAUUAGCACCAUGAGAUUUAUCAUAUCUGCAUUAGAACAGUUAAGUUUAAUCGAUUUAACAAAUAAAGGUGAAGUAGAAAUUUUUAGACAUUGUUUAGUACGACAAGGAACUCAUAUGUAUGAAUGACAUAUAACAAACCAUAACAAUUUUUGUGAUUGUAGGGAAACACAAAGAACUUUAGAUUUAUUUAAUUGCAUUAUAGCCUAUUUAGAUCAAUUAUUAAGAAAUAAUAAUUUUUAAUAUUAAUCAUAUUAUGGAUAAACAAUAUAAAAAUAGUAAAUGCAUGUGUAUAAAUUGCAUAUUAAAUGAUAUAAAUCAAUAAUUUGCACAAGUUGUAUGUAUAGUCUGUUAAAUAGUCUGUGUUAAUUUGAAUCAUACCUGGGAACGUAAAAUGGUAUCAGAGCCUAUAUCUAGCUAUUGUAACAUAUUCAAAUUAAGAUUUUAGGGUUGUAACUGUGUCACGAAAGUCAUAAGUUAGGCAAAAGGGGUAAGACCUGCAGAACGAGUAGAGAAGGAAGUGUAUGUGAAAACCCUAGGAUUUUACAAUGAAUAUGUUUAGAAGAACUAGAUCUUCUAGGUCCAGACAACCAGAUGACGAACUUAUAAAUGAUUUAAAUAUUCACACAGAUAAUACUAAAACUAUAUUAUCAAGAGAAAGUAAUUGGAAUAAUCAACAAUUAACUAAUUGGAAACCACCUAAAACACCAAUAUCUAGUAUAUAUAAGAAAAGAAUAAUAGAUUUUAAAGCAGCUAGAGCUAUUAAAACCAAAGAGAAAGUAGUACCAUUAUACUCUGAAAAUCAAUCAAUGAGUCUAUUAAGUAAAAAGACAAUAUUAAAAUAUAUCAAGGAUACAGGUUUAUGCAUAUAGGAUUAGUACAAAUUGCUAUUAAACCAUUAACUGUAGAAGGAUUAAAUACAAGUAUGCAUGUGGCUUUACGAGAUUGUAGACAUAUGACUUACAAAGACUCUUUGUUAGGAUUAUUUGAAACUAGUUUAACAAAUGGACCAAUUUAUUCAAACUGUUUUCCUAAUUUUACAAUUUCAUUAACUGAUCCCCAUAUAAUGAAAAUAUUGACAUUAGACAUUUUAACUCAUAAUUACAAUAUACUUAAAGGAUCACAUAUUUAUGAAGUAUUUUAUAGACUGAAUUAUAAAAUAAUGAACACAGAAUUAUGUCCAAAUGCUAUUGACCAUAAUAGACAAACAGGAAAUAAAUUUAAUUCAAUUCUUUUAUUGUAAGAAAAGCAUUCCAAACGAGAAAUACAUUUUUAUAAAUUGUAAUUUCUCAAAUAUAAAGAUCAUUAUUUAAAUGAACUGAAUUAAAAAUAGAAAUGAUUCAGUUUCGCUUAUUUUUUAUCAAUUAAUCAUCGGUGAUAAUAUUAAGAAGGAAAGAAAUGAAAAAUUAUGCUGUAAAUGGAAAAAAAUCAAACGAGAGAAAGUGAGGAAUGAGAGAUUAAAAAUAUUUUUUAUUAAUUAAAAUAAUUUUAAUUUAUUAGAAUUGCUACUCAAGAUCAUGUUCAUCUAUGGAUAGUUACUGUUUGGUUAAAGAAAAUGUGCUCGUGUAAUUCCUGGAAUUCAAAUUCCCAAUAAACCAUCAAGUUUCCUUCCCGAAUUGAAGUGAUUAUUAAAUCAGAUUUAUAUUAUGGCAAUAUUAAUUGAUCACUAUGGUGAGGAAUUGGUGUACAAUUUUUGUUGGUUAACUAUCAAUGUUAGGCAUUGUUGAAACAAAUUA